AUGGAGAUUACGAGGCCAACACGCCUACAGGCAUGCGACCUCGAUCCCUCUAAAAGGCUUACCCGCCGGGCAGGCAUAAGCAAGACCAGCUCGCAAAGAGCCCCUUCUUCUACCACGAUCAUGGAAACAAAAUCAACAAAACCACCAAUCCCAACGCAAAACCCACCAGCAAAAGCAGCAGUGACCACAACAAACCCAACCACCACCGACGGCCAACCAUCACCCGUCGCAGCCAGCAACGACAUGCAACCGCAGCUCGACCGCAUCGCCGCCUCGUCGCGCACCGCGUUCGAGAAGAAGGUUUGGUCGCUGCUCUGCCAGAUCCCGAGCGGCAGCGUGUCGACGUACGGCAUCAUGUCGGCGCACCUGGGCUCGUCGCCGCGCGCCGUCGGCAACGCCCUCCGCCGCAACCCCUUCGCCCCCGAGGUGCCCUGUCACCGCGUCGUCGCCACGGGCGGUGCACUGGGCGGGUUCAAGGGUAAAUGGCCCCGCGACGGCGAGGGCAUCACGCUGGACGAGAAGAGGCUGCUGCUAAGGCGUGAAGGGGUCAGGUUUGACGACGCUGGCGCCAGGGUCUUGGGGACGCCGUUUUCGGGGUUUCGACUCCACGUGCAGCUCAUCGACUCGCCCAAUACGGAAUAUUCUUCUUGUAUAAGUCAACAACAGGGUUAG